GUUAAACAUUAGUUUGUUUGUUUGUUUUUUUUUAUUUUAUUUGUUUAGUUUGUUUAACGCGUUAGGGAGCUCUGCUUCAGCUAUUGCAGCCCAGGACGGGUCGGUAAAACCGGGGCUGAAAACACUCAGUGAGAAUGCCGGGCUACUCGAGCAGCAUGCGGAUCCGGCUGCCGGCUGUGUGCGUUGUGCUGGAAGUGAUUCUGAUAAUCCUCUUCGCUGUUUUGGUCGAGUAUGACCACGAAACGGAUGCCAGAGGAUGGCACAGACACACCAAGAAACACAACGAGUCCGACAUAGAAAACGACUUUUACUACCGAUACGCGAGUUUCCAGGAUGUGCAUGUGAUGAUCUUCAUCGGCUUCGGCUUCCUCAUGACUUUCCUGAAGCGCUACGGUUACGGCAGUGUGGGCUUCAACUUCCUCAUCGCCUCCUUCUCCCUGCAGUGGGCCACCCUCAUGCAGGGCUUCUUCCAUGGCAUGAAGGAGGACGGCAAGAUCCACAUUGGAGUGGAGAGUAUGAUCAACGCAGACUUCUGCACUGGCGCCGUGCUCAUUUCCUUCGGAGCGGUGCUGGGAAAGACCAGCCCAGUCCAGCUGUUGAUAAUGGCAGUGUUUGAAGUCACGCUCUUCGCGAUCAACGAGUAUGUUAUUCUCAACGUUGUAGGGGCGAAGGACGCUGGCGGCUCCAUGACUAUCCACACAUUCGGGGCUUAUUUCGGUCUCGUGGUGACCCGGGUCCUGUACCGUCCUGAGCUGGAAAAGAGCAAACACAAGGAGGGAGCUGUGUAUCACUCGGACCUCUUCGCUAUGAUCGGCACCAUAUACCUAUGGAUGUUCUGGCCCAGCUUCAACUCUGCAAUCACGGCCCACGGAGAUGACCAGCACAGGACAGCUAUGAACACUUACUACUCUCUAGCCUCCUGCACCCUGGCUACCUUCGCCAUGUCUGCGCUGGUCAACCACGAGGGCAAGCUGGACAUGGUGCACAUCCAGAACGCCGCUCUGGCUGGGGGCGUGGCCAUGGGCACAGCAGGGGAGAUGAUGGUGACGCCCUUCGGAUCCAUGAUCGUGGGAUUCCUCGCUGGAACCCUCUCCACUCUGGGCUACAAAUACCUCACGCCAAUCCUGAACUCCAAGCUGAAGAUCCAGGACACUUGUGGGAUCCACAAUCUGCACGGCAUGCCAGGGAUCCUGGGGGCCAUCGUGGGGGCUAUCACCGCGGCAGCGGCCACCGCUAACAUCUAUGGAGAUGGGAUGGAAGAUGUGUUUCCUGAUAUGGCUACUGGCAAAAUAACCGCGUCUCAGCAGGGCAUUCGCCAGGCCGUGGCGCUCGCUGUCGCCAUGGCGUUCGCGCUGGUGGGAGGAGUCCUCGUCGGUUUUAUUCUGAAGAUUCCCAUCUUCGGAUCUCCCCCCGACACAAUCUGCUUCGAGGAUCAGAUAUACUGGGAGUUACCCGAGGAAGAAGACGACGACCACGCUGAGAUGACCCGCGUCAGAACCGUGGAAGAGAAACCGCUGAACGCCUAGAGCAGAGCCUUCGCCCCUAAUCUAUUCAACAAACUCGGACCGUGCUGAACUUAGAGCUGCCAAAAGAAACUUCAUAAAUUCAGCCUGGAAGUCAGCCAGCGGCUGUGUCGUUUAUUAAGUUUCCUUUUGCAUUUCUAAAGAGGCGCAAAAUACGAUGAAUCCAGCCAGCCACAGCUCACCCCUAUUCUGUGUGCCAAUCGACGCUGUCUCUGUCAGCCACGCUAUCAGGGAUUUUCACUCUGAACUGAGCUCGUACUUGGCAGGCGUUUGGUUAUGCUUUUUGUUGUAUGCAGUUGUGUUAGUAAAUCACCCUUGUGGGGGAAUUCGUACAGUUAUAGAGCGCUGGGACUUACCCUAUUGAAAUUAUUAUAACAGAUCCCCUGGACUGUCAUCUUUAACACCACUACUGCCCCAUUAAACUGAGGGAGCCACUGCUCUGCGGCUUGCAGCUUGGUUUCAGGAGACUGUAGGUUUCAGGACGCUGCGCAGCACACCAGACAGGGAGACUCGAGGGUUUGAUACAGCCCAUAUCAGAGCCAUUAACAGACCAUAGCAUUAACAGCAAUGGACUUACAUUGAAAAUGGACCAAAUUUCGCACUGUGGGAUGUUGCUGCUUGCAGUUAAAACAUACUAACAGCAGCUCUGAGGUUUUUAAAAUCUUUUUACUGUUACCCAGAGUUAAGAGCCUGCCGUUCUUUUUAAAAAUGACACCCCGCCCUUGCCCCCUCCCCAGCUAACGGCAAUAGUUGUAUAAAAGCCCCAUCGAUGUUAGAUUGAUUUAUUCUGCCUUUGUCUAUAGACGUCUCUCUUUAGUGCCUCGUUCAGUCUUUCUGAAUUUCAUUUAGUGCCUUUAUCUGUUCCUAAUAUUAAAACAAUACCUUGCCUUGUUUACUUGUGUGAAAAAGACAACAAAACUAAUCUAACAAAAAAACGCUGUUCAAAUGCUAAACUGUAUUGUUGUUUGGAAAUAUUAAAUGCAUGGAUUCGG